UUCUUGUUGGUGCUGCUCUUGUUGGUGUUCUUUUUGAUCUUCUUAUUGGUGUUCUUUCUGGUGUUCCUGUUGGUGCUGCUCUUGUUAAUGUUCUUUUUGGUCUUCUUGUUGGUGUUCUUUCUGGAGUUCUUGUUGGUGCUGUUCUUGUUGGUGUUCUUUUUGAUCUUCUUAUUGGUGUUCUUUCUGGUGUUCUUGUUGGUGCUGCUCUUGUUAAUGUUCUUUUUGGUCUUCUUGUUGGUGUUCUUUCUGGAGUUCCUGUUGGUGCUGUUCUUGUUGGUGUUCUUUUUGAUCUUCUUAUUGGUGUUCUUUCUGGUGUUCUUGUUGGUGCUGCUCUUGUUGGUGUUCUUUUUGAUCUUCUUAUUGGUGUUCUUUCUGGUGUUCCUGUUGGUGCUGCUCUUGUUAAUGUUCUUUUUGGUCUUCUUGUUGGUGUUCUUUCUGGAGUUCUUGUUG